ACUGAUGAUGGAAAUAAUGAAUGUCAAGCUAGGAGAAUAAAGGCCAAUCAGAUCUCGAGUAUCUCUUACUGUGAGGCUCCAUUUUGAGUCUUUUUGCUGGUUGAUCAAAAUGAGGGAGCGGCCAGCCCGCCUGGCUUCCAUGAAAGAUAUGUCGACAUUCUCAAGCCACCCGUUCAUUAUGACAGAGAAGAGCACCCUUCCCCCAUCCCAUACGACGGCUAAAGAAACAGAUCGAUUAUUGUCAUUGUGAUGGGAUUCCCGGCCGGUCUUCCCCCAAGGACGGGUUUUUUGCGAGUACUUUGGGUCUAUAAAUGCGUCAUUCUGUCGUCUCUCGACUGCCUACAUUUCCUCAUUCUCUUGCACGCUGCACUCUCUCAAAGUCUACAACAUGAGUGUCACAUACGACGUCUUCCGUGGCUCUCCUGAGGGCAACAUUGUCGCCGACAAGGUCACCCAAACGCUCAAGCACAAUGAAGUUUUCAUCGAGACCAUAGCUUCUGGUCUCUGCGGAACGGACGAGCACUUUCGGAAGGCCAGCCAGGUCCUCGGACAUGAGGGCGUUGGUUUCGUGAGAGCUGUUGGCUCUAGUGUGACCUCUCUGAAGAUUGGGGAUCGUGCUGGAUUUGGGUUUACGCAUAGUAUUUGCGCAAAUUGUGAUAACUGCGUUACUGGUAGUCCCUCCUCCUCAAUGACCUUGGUAUUUGUUUUCUAUUCUGACGCAGGACUCGAAGACUGGGACCAGUUUUGCCGCAACGUUAAACAAUACGGCAUGAACGACUUCGACAAUGGCAGCUUAAGCUAUGGUGCCGUCUGGGACGCCAACUGCGUCUUCCCUAUCCCAGACGGACUCGACUCUGUACAUGCUGCCCCACUGAUGUGUGCCGGUGCUACCGUUUGGACUACCUUGACUAGAUUCAAUAUGCGUGCCGCAGAUCGUGUGGGCAUCAUGGGCGUCGGUGGUCUGGGUCACAUAGCUAUCAAGCUUGCUGCUGCGCUGGGAUAUUACGUCAUUGUGCUUUCUACUUCUGAGGCAAAGAGACAGGAAGCUAUGGAGUUUGGUGCGUCGGAGUACCAUGUGUUUCGUUCCGGUGGAGGGCUGCCGGAGGGGUUCGAGCCUAUCAAGCAUCUGUUGCUGUGUGCGAGUGGGGAUGUCGAUUAUUCUUCGUUGGUGUUCUAUCCACGUUUUGGGUGUAGGUAAUAUGGCCAACUAACGUGUUUUAUAGUCUGUUGGCCCUUAUGGAUACGCCCAGUACCAUCUACCCG